AUGGCAUAUCGCACAACAUAUAAAACUCCAACUGGCGCUUCACCGUACACAUUAGUUUAUGGAAAGGAUUGUCACUUGCUUGUUGAGCUUGAGUACAAGACAUAUUGGGCAAUCAAAAAGCACAACUUUGAUAUGGAUCUAGCUGGGGAAAAAUGGAUGUUGCAACUGAAUGAGCUCGAGGAGUUUCGACUGCACGCAUAUGAGAAUGCGAAGUUUUAUAAAGAAAAAACAAAGAGAUGGCAUGACAAACACAUUUUGCAUCGUAAGUUUGAAGCCGGUCAAGAUGUUAUCUUGUUCAAUUCAAGGUUGAAUCUCUUUCCUAGGAAGCUCAAGUCUAGAUGGUCGGGUCCGUUUGAAGUAGUGCGGGUUACAAAGCAUGGAGUUGUUGAGCUAAAGGACCCCGAGAGCAAUGGCACAUUUUUAGUCAAUGGUCAAAGAGUGAAACACUAUUUGGGUGGUGGCGUUCAUCGUCAAAAAACUUUGAUAAACUUGGUGGAUGUUGCAAUGGCUCGGGACAAUGCUACCAAGGGAAAAGGAGUGGGGAAGUCUGCCACUACUGCUCCCCCUCCCAAAAAAUGCAAGCAAGGUGAAGGUUCUUCCUGGCAAGCUAAAGGGAAGUAG